AUGAAGCCACAAUACGAAACGUGGAGUGCUGGCAAGAUUACUGCAGUAAAAGUCACAGAUCCAAUCGAAAUAGACAGCUUCCCAAAUGCGAAGUUCAAGGUUGUGAGAGGUUCUGCUAGUCGGGUUCAUGAAUUCACUCUCGCUGACCUGCCCUGCCUCAAUCCCUAUGACUGGAUCAUGCUCUACAAUUUACUGUUGAAAUAUGGAAAAAAAAAGUAUGAGCCCGUUAUUGCUCACCUCAAACUGAUGAUAGUUUCGUAUGUUCAAAAGGUGGGUAAAAUGGAUGUGAAAAUAGUUGUUGUACUAUGA